AUGGAUCUUACAAACCGCCUCAAGGAGUGGGACGAGAUGGCUACCAAACUAAAGGCGGACUUUGAGGAUGUGAAAUUGAAGUUACAGCUUGACUGUUCCGACGCUGACAUCAGAACAAAACAAGUGCGACAACAAAAUGAGCGGUACAUAAUUUCUCAGCGAAAACUGUUGGACGAAGGGUCAACCAUUGAGCAGAAUGACGUUGCUGUGAGAAUGGAGGUCGCACUGGGUCGCCUGCUGAAGCAAGCGUUACAUGAUCAGCGUGCUGCCUUUGCCGAGAAGAUGAAGCAGGAACGCACCGUCUUAAAUCAAUCCUUAUCAAAGGUCCUUGAAGAAAAUGAUGCCAACAUAAAGAAAGAGCGAGCCAAUGUUGACUCCAUGAUUAAGCAGGCAGGGGAACAAAUGGAUAAGGAGUUGGAUAAUGAGCGCUCAAAAUUGAAGUCAAUGAUUCAGUACUUGAUCGAACAAGAGGAGGGCCGGUCCUUGAUCCAAGAAGAGGAGGUCCAUGCCAACAUGAAUGUAGAGGUACAAGAUGGGAUCUACAUACCACGGAAAUGCAUGCAUAUAUUAUUGGACAACGAGUGUGGCCCGGAUCCUGUGAUGCUGUUUACUGCAGAAUGGGGCAAAUGCUGUGGCAGCAGCUUGAAGAAACUGGGGUUUCCUUUUCGGUUGCUUCGGUUCUGGAAAGAGAAGUAA